CGUAAACUCCGCUCAACAAAUCCCAUUCCCCCUCCUCUUCUUCUACUUUUCAUUCUUCUCUCUCUCUAAACCACGCCUAGAGAGAGAACCUCGCCGCCGGCACCCCUCCGGCGAUGACAUGACCGCCGGUUCCCUCAUCCCUUCCUAGACCUUUGAUGCGCCGAUCGAAUGCCCGCACUCGCAGCGCCGCCUCCAAUCUCAACAACAACAACGAAACAAUGGAUCCGAUCAAAACCAAAACCCGCUCCACCAACCUCUUCUCUCGUAACCCUAAGCCCUCGCAAUCGAGGUCCCUCCGUUCCGUAAUCCUGAUCUCCCUCUCUCUCUCCUUCCUCUUCCUCGUUUCCUACUACGCUUUCUCCUCGCCGAUGGCGAAUUUCCGGUACCGGAUCAUCGUCGACGGCGGGAGCACCGGCACGCGCGUGCACGUGUUUAAAUACAGGUCGGGGAGAUCGCUGGAGUUCGGGAGGGAUGGUUUGAAGUCGAUGCGCGUGAACCCGGGGCUGUCGGCGUUCGCGGAGGAUCCGCAGGGCGCGGGGGGGUCAGUGGCGGAGUUGACGGAAUUCGCGAAGCGGUGGAUCCCGAGGGAGAGCUGGGGGGAGACGGAGAUAAGGCUGAUGGCCACGGCGGGGCUGAGGAUGCUGGACGCGGCGGCGCAGGAGAGGAUUCUGGCGUCGUGCAGGAAGGUGCUGCGUGACUCCGGGUUCAAGUUUAGGGACGAAUGGGCUUCUGUUAUCACAGGUUCUGAUGAAGGAAUGUAUGCUUGGGUUGUUGCUAAUUAUGCACUUGGCACUCUUGGAGGUGAUCCUUUGGAAACUACUGGGAUUAUUGAACUUGGUGGUGCUUCUGCUCAGGUAACCUUUGUAUCAAGAGAAGUGGUGCUGCCUUCAUUCUCGCGAACUGUUAAAUUUGCAAAUACCACUUACAACCUUUACAGCCACAGCUUUCUUCAUUUUGGCCUGAAUGCUGCUCACGACUCAUGGAAAGAAGCGCUUGUAUUGGGAGAAUUUAACUUGGCUUCUCAAUCUCUUCAAGAAGGGUUGCGGAUAGAUCCUUGUACUCCUACAGGAUACUCUUAUAAUGUCGAGUCAUGGAAGUUCCCUCCUAGCACAGAGAGUGAAAAAAAACAUCAGUCCAUUGUCCAAACUAGGGGAAACUUUUCAGAGUGCAGAUCUGCAGCACUUACGCUGCUACAGAAAGGGAAAGAAUCAUGUUCCUAUCAGCAUUGUGACAUAGGAUCAACUUUCAUACCAAAGCUUCAGGGGAAAUUUUUGGCCACGGAAAAUUUCUUUUACACAUCAAAGUUUUUCGGAUUGAGGUCAAGGGCCUAUCUGUCCAAGUUGAUGAGUGUUGGGCAAGAAUUCUGUGGAGAGGAUUGGUUAAGGUUGAAGAAAAAAUAUGUCUCCCAUGAUGAGGACGAUUUACUUCGUUAUUGUUUCUCUUCAGCAUACAUUGUUGCUUUGCUUCACGACAGUCUGGGAAUUGCUUUGGAUGAUGAGAGGGUCAAGGUUGCUAAUCAGGUGGGAAGUAUUCCGCUUGAUUGGGCUUUGGGAGCUUUUAUUCUGCAAACAGCAGCUGAUGCAGAUAUACCGAACCUUAACUGGAUUGGCACCAUUUUCAGCGAUGAAUCACAUACCCUCCUCUCAAUUAUUGGAAUUUUUAUAAUAUUGUUAACGGCAUGGUCUAUAUCUAGGUGGAGGAAACCUCAGUUGAAGACAAUAUACGAUCUAGAAAAAGGACGAUAUAUUAUCACGCGAGUUGGUAGAUAAUACUUGAUGGUAGAGGAGAUCAUGGUUCUUGGUUUACUCAUGUGGAGGCACUGCUGUGAUUAUGAUGAAAAUAUUUAUCCUUUAAAACUCGAUGGCCACAUCAUACUAUUGAAGGCCACGCCAUCGGGGGCUCAGAUUGUAAAUCAUUGGAUUUUGGAUGCAGUAUGUGGAGUUACUCUUGCCGAGGAAUUAGUGUAGAGUAGCAUGUUUUUGUGUUGUUUACUGGAAUCCAGGAAUUGAGUGUUAUACCAAUCGCUUUACUGGUUUCAGAUAACAGUAAGGCCAGAAGUGGAGCAGGUCAGCCUAGGAAUUGUUGCCAGGGGGAACUAGUCUAGAUGCUGCAUCCUUCAACAGAAAACACCUUGUUAUGUGGUUUUUGUAACAAACACUGCAUAAGAAAUUACUCAAUUGAUGCUUACCAAUUGCUACAUACAAAACGAAAUCUUCAUUCCCUGCCUGGGAAGCUAGUUUUGCAGAAGCAAAUUAUAUAGUACAUGAUUUUUUUGACCUUGCUUCGAAGUUUAAUAAUUAGAUAAGAUACAGUGAUACAUCAUAUCUCAUUAGUCUGUGGUGUAAGCAACUGAUAUAAUGCUUCGUAUAACGAAAUACACGUUAUGGUAUA